CUCUUUUCUUUUUUCAUUUUCUUGGUAUGUUGGUCUUCAUUUUGCUGACCUAGUAUGCUUAUUCUUUGGUUUUGGCAGGUGAAAGCUAGCUUCUGAAUAUUUUUUACCCUUCCUAGGGCUUUUGCAUAUGACAUUUUCCUCUCUGUUUAAAAGAUGUUGUAGUAUGUGGCUUAUAUUUGAGUGAAAGAUAUAUAGAGAAAAAUGGGCAAAUGCUGAAACAAAGUGGAGCGAUGACAUUUGUCAUUCAGGCCAGGGGGCUAUGAAAAGUAUAUUAACUUACCUGCAAACCAUGAGAGAGCACACACUGUAGCUACGCCUCCACCGCACUUCUCUUUAUCUUUUUCUCCUUUUUUAUUUUAAUGGACGACUGGAUUGCUGUGGACAUAUCAGAGGCUAGCUCCAAGUAGAUUAUCAAAAGAAGUGAGACCUGGUCUUCGGCUGGGAUUGGAUGCCACACUGCUGGUCGCGGCUGUAUCCGGUUCGUGGAUUUUUGGGUGAUUCUGCUGGAGAUGGAGAUGGAGACGGCUCGCUCAGAGUUGGAAUGGAGGAGCAAAAGGACUCGGACCUAGGUAUUUGUUCAUAGUAACAAAGAAAAUUAAAGCCCGUUGGUAUAUAGAAGUUAAGAACUCAAAUCGUAAAAGUCGAGAGAUACUGCUUGUUAGGGACCACAGCGAAAGAGGAAGAGAAAUAUGGAGUUGUUGAGUUGUCUGCUGUGUUUUCUUGCUGCUUGGACUUCAAUUUACAUCAUGUUUUCAGCCAGAAGAGGAAGAAAGCAUGCUGCUUACAAACUUCCUCCGGGACCAGUUCCGCUUCCCAUAAUAGGAAACCUCUUAAACCUGGGUAACAGACCCCAUGAGUCCCUCGCCAAUCUUGCAAAAACUUACGGCCCAAUAAUGACUCUCAAACUCGGCUAUGUAACCACAAUAGUCAUCUCUUCUGCACCCAUGGCCAAAGAAGUCCUCCAAAAGCAGGAUCUCUCCUUCUGCAACCGAUCCAUCCCUGAUGCCACCCGAGCCGCAAACCACAACCAACUGUCGAUGGCCUGGAUACCUGUUUCAACAACUUGGAGAGCCCUUCGAAGGACAUGUAAUUCGCACUUAUUCACUUCUCAAAAACUAGACUCUAACACCCAUCUCCGCCACCAGAAAGUGCAAGAGCUUCUUGCGAAUGUUGAACAGAGCUGCCAAGCUGGUGGUCCUGUAGAUAUAGGACGAGAAGCUUUUAGAACAAGUCUAAACUUGUUAUCCAACACCAUAUUUUCUGUGGAUCUUGUUGAUCCAAUUUCUGAGACUGCACAAGAUUUUAAAGAGUUGGUGCGUGGUGUGAUGGAGGAAGCUGGGAAACCCAACUUGCUAGAUUAUUUUCCGGUGCUCAGACAGAUUGAUCCACAAGGUAUAAGGCGUCGUUUGACAAUUUAUUUUGGAAGGAUGAUUGAAAUCUUUGAUAGAAUGAUCAAGCAACGGUUACAGUUAAGAAAAAUGCAAGGUUCAACUGCUAGCAGUGAUGUGUUAGACAUUCUUCUCAACAUCAGUGAAGAUAACAGCAACAAGAUUGAAAGAAGUCACAUGGAACAUUUGUUAUUGGACUUAUUUGUUGCGGGGACUGACACAACUUCCAGCACAUUGGAAUGGGCAAUGGCAGAGCUGCUGCACAACCCUGAAAAACUUUUGAAAGCCCGAAUGGAACUCCUGCAAACCAUCGGCCAAGACAAACAGGUUAAAGAAUCAGACAUCACUCGACUCCCUUACGUGCAAGCGGUGGUGAAAGAAACCUUCCGAUUGCACCCAGCAAUUCCAUUUUUACUCCCACGCAGAGUUGAAGAGGACACAGAUAUAGAAGGGUUCACAAUCCCAAAGAACGCACAGGUGCUGGUGAACGCAUGGGCUAUAGGUCGAGACCCGAACACAUGGGAGAACCCCAACUCAUUUGUGCCAGAGAGGUUCUUGGGGUUGGACAUGGACGUGAAGGGCCAGAAUUUUGAGCUGAUUCCGUUUGGUGCUGGCAGGAGAAUCUGUCCUGGGCUGCCAUUGGCAAUCCGGAUGGUUCACUUGAUGCUGGCCUCGCUCAUUCACUCCUAUGAUUGGAAACUUGAAGAUGGGGUGACAGCGGAAAACAUGAACAUGGAAGAAAGUUUUGGACUUUCCUUACAGAAGGCUCAGCCCCUGCAAGCUCUACCUGUACGGGUUUGAAGUUGUUGAUCUUGUGUGCUGAAGUAAUGUCCUGAUUCUUUCAGUGCUCUGCUGGGUUUCAGGCUGUGUUGUCAUUAACUAGACGUGUCAGUCCAGUUCGUGUUAAAUAAACAAGUAAAUCUUUCAAAUUUCCAAUCUAAAUGGCUAUCAAAUAUGCAUGCUUCCACUCAUAGCAGCAGAGGUUAUCUUUAUAUUUUUCAAUUGAAGUGUCAAUUUUCGUUCAUAAA